GGCAAGGAGGUCACGCGUACCUGCAGGAAUGGCUGUGGUGGGCAGGGCUCCUCUGCAUGGGAGUUGGAGAAGCAGCAAAUUUUGCUGCCUAUGCCUUUGCCCCUGCAACGCUGGUAACUCCACUGGGUGCUCUAAGUGUCCUUGUUAGUGCAGUGCUGUCUUCCACCUUCCUGAAUGAGCAGCUGAAUGUUCAAGGAAAGAUUGGCUGCAUCCUGAGUAUCCUGGGCUCCACGGUGAUGGUGAUCCAUGCUCCACAGGAAGAAGAGGUUUCCAGCCUGGAGUCAAUGGCAGAGAAGCUGAAAGAUCCAGGAUUCAUUGUAUUUGCUGCAUGUGUCCUGGUGAGCUCCCUUCUGCUUAUCUUUGUGGCCGGACCCCGUUAUGGACAGAGCAACGUCCUGGUUUAUGUUUUGGUCUGCUCCGCCAUCGGCUCGCUUUCCGUGUCCUGUGUCAAAGGCUUGGGGAUUGCCCUGAAAGAACUGUUUUCUGGGAAGCCGGUCCUAAAAGAACCACUGGGCUGGGUGCUCCUGGUGUGCCUGGUGAUCUGCAUCAGCAUCCAGAUCAACUAUCUGAACAAAGCCUUGGACAUCUUCAACACGUCUGUGGUCACACCCAUUUACUACGUGCUGUUCACCACAGCAGUCAUGAUGUGCUCUGCCAUCCUCUUCAAGGAGUGGCAACACAUGGGGCUGGACAACAUCAUCGGCACCAUCAGCGGCUUCCUCACCAUUGUGUCGGGCAUCUUCCUCCUGCACGCCUUCAGGGACAUGCCCUUUGCCCCCGACCUCCUGCCCCUCUUCCUGCAGCAAGGCAGGGCAGACCUGCACGUCUCGUGGAGGAGCGCAGACAGGCAUCAGUCCUGUCAGCACCAGCCUCUCCUGCCCUCGGAGGACAAAGGCUCUCAGGAUGCUGAGGAGGAGGAGGAGGAUGGUGAAAACGUGUGA